GAUCGAAGAGAAAAACUGACAGGAUGGAAAACGCUGAAAGCAGGAGACAGAAACCUUCUGUGCAUUCAUCGAGGCAGUUGAUGCCAAAGCCUCCCAGCUCAUCGGUGAGCAAUAACAAGAGAAUAGUGAGUACCAAGGGAAAGCCGCUAUCGGAAUACAAGAACGAGGAGUAUCCGAGGUCUGACAGAACCAAGCGUCCAGAGGGCGAUCGAAAGACUCGCAUGUCGAUUAGCUCCAGGGAACCUUAUAAAGGACAACCCGAAAAAACUUGCCUGAGGAAGAGGGAUAUUGACAGAAGAGCCAAGUCUUCUACGCCAGAUGCUUCAGAGAGAAUCAGGCAUGAGGUGGAUAGAAGACCAAGCAGAUCCAGCCAUUCCUCUAAAGAAGAGGUGAACUCUGAGGAAUAUUGUUCGGAUCACGAGACUGGCAGCAGCGGCUCCUCUGAACAAGGCAAUACAGAGAAUGAGGAGGAAGGAAUGGAAGAAGAGGAAGAUGAUGAAGGGGAGGAGGACGAAGAGGUGGAGGAAGAUGGGGAGGAGGAUGAAGAAGAGUAUGAACAGGAUGAGAGAGAUCAGAAAGAAGGAAACGACUACGACACACGAAGUGAAGCCAGCGACUCGGAUUCUGAAUCUGCCUCUUUCACAGAUGGGUCAGUCAGAUCUGGGUCUGGUUCAGAGGCAUCAGAUGAGAAAAAGAAGGAGAGGAAGAGAGCUAGAGGUAUCUCUCCGAUUGUUUUCGACAGAAGCGGAAGUUCAGCGUCGGAGUCGUACGCAGGUUCAGAAAAGAAGCAUGAGAAAUUAUCAUCUUCCGUUCGUGCUGUCCAAAAAGACCAAACAAGUAAACUGAAAUACAUUCUGCAAGAUGCAAGAUUCUUUCUCAUCAAGAGUAAUAACCAUGAAAAUGUAUCGCUUGCUAAAGCAAAGGGAGUAUGGUCGACGCUUCCAGUGAAUGAGAAGAAGCUUAAUGCUGCUUUUAGAUCAGCGAGGAGCGUUAUUUUGAUAUUUUCUGUAAGAGAGAGUGGCAAAUUCCAAGGAUUUGCAAGACUGUCUUCAGAGUCCCAUCACGGAGGAUCGCCUAUACACUGGGUGCUGCCUGCAGGGAUGAAUGCAAAAAUGUUGGGAGGCGUCUUUAAAAUUGACUGGAUUUGCAGGCGUGAAUUGCCGUUCACUAAGUCUGCUCACCUGACCAAUCCUUGGAACGAACAUAAGCCAGUAAAGAUCGGACGCGAUGGACAGGAAAUUGAGCCGGAAUGUGGAACCCAACUUUGUCUUCUCUUCCCUCCUGAUGAAAGUAUUGACUUGUAUCAAGUCAUUCAUAAAAUGAGGCACAAGAGAAGAAUGCACUCACAACCCCGAUCAAGAGGACGCCCAUCCCGUCGAGACCCCGUUCGGGACGUGGGAAGGCGUCGACCAGAAGAUUAUGAUAUUCAUAACAGCAGAAAGAAACCAAGGAUUGACUAUCCCCCUGAGUUUCACCAAAGACCAGGGUAUAUAAAGGAUCCCAGAUAUCCCGAAGUAGACAGACGAUUUUCAGGAGUUCGACGAGAUGUCUUUUUAAAUGGGUCCUACAAUGAUUACGUGAGGGAAUUCCACAACAUGGGACCACCACCACCAUGGCAAGGAAUGCCACCGUAUCCAGGUAUGGAGCAGCCACCGCACCACCCUUACUAUCAGCACCACGCGCCUCCACCUCAAGCUCACCCUCCGUACUCAGGACAUCACCCUAUACCACAUGAAGCAAGAUACAGAGACAAACGAGUACACGACUACGACAUGAGAGUAGACGACUUUCUUCGACGCACGCAAGCAGUUGUGAGCGGUCGGAGAAGCAGACCUCGAGAGAGGGACCGAGAGCGGGAACGGGACCGGCCUAGAGAUAACAGAAGAGACAGAGAACGUGACAGAGGCCGUGAUCGGGAAAGGGAGAGAGAGAGGAUUUGUGACCGGGACAGAGACAGAGGUGAAAGAGUUUCACAUGGUUCAGUGGGAGAAUGCUGCUAUCAAGUAUGCAAAUAUUGAAGUAUGAUUUUUUUUUGACUGUAUGGCAGUGUUGUAGCAGCCGUUUUUUGGGUUUUUGGUUUUUUUUCCUCCCCUCCCCCUGGUUUUUAACCCUAUCUGUAAAGUCAAGUGUUUUUUCAGUCUUCAGUAAGGAAAGCAAUAUUAAGAAGACACUAUUGAUACCUAAUUUUUAACCUUUUUUAAAAAUCUUCCCGUGUUCAGUAACAUUUUGGUCAAUUCUCUUGUCUAGUCUCCUUCCAAAAUGUACACGUUGCUUGGAAUGUUCACAACCUGCGUGUGUGGAACCAGAGAAUAUUGCUGUAUUCUACAUUGCUACCUUUUUUUUUUAUAUAAAAAAUAAAUUGUUAACUAUUGAAA